AGUCAGUCGAUGACUUCUGCUUGGUUUCAACGCGGUCGCGUCUGUGCUCUGCGUAACUGCACGUGAGCAUUUUUCCGUAAAUUUGUUUUGUGUUCAGCUUCAGUACACUUUUUUGCACAACUAUUCAUAUUCGUGCUCUUCCGUAUCGUACGGGGGUGUUGGUGGAUUUCCGGGGUAGUUCCGUCUUUUGAUCGUUACUUUUUGAAUUUUUUUUGCGUCAUCCACCCCCUGAGGGAGCUUCUUGCAGGCAGUGAUUUGAGUUAAAUCAGUGUCUUCCGUGGAUAAUUAUAUCCACUAUUGGAUUUAUACAAAACUCAAUGGAUACUAUAAGUGCAAGUUGGAUUUAAACAACUACCCUUAAUGAAGGGGAUCUUUCAAUGGCGUCAUGGUGACGCUUCGGUGUGAAGUUGCGUUCAAGUGCAAACAUAUUUAGGGGAGGAAAAGUUUUUUUUAAUAGUGUGAAGCAUCUCUUGCACACUUCCUUGUGCAGAGAAAAGACUGUACGAAAAAAAAGGAAAACUUUAUCAGUUUGAUGAGAAAGUGAAUAAAAAUCUGUGCAAUUUUCCAUCGAUAGAAUAACAUUUUCAUAGCGAUAGCGUGAUAUUGCUCAUAGAGCAAUUUUUAUCUCCUUCCCCGCCUUGUACCCGUCUCUUUUGCACAAACCCAUUACUCACUUGUACAAGGACGAACAUAUGUAUUUAAUAUGUUCCAAUCUUAACGUUAUACUUCCUUGUAUUUUUUUUUAAAUAAAUUUAUUUCUCCAUCAAUUACUACACCGAAACGUGUUCAAGGUUCCAAAAUAACCGAAUAAACUUCACCGCGAACACCAUCAAAAUAGUGACUAUAUUUUUUUUUAUUUUGAUAAGUAUAUAUAAAUAAUUUUUAAUGGUGAAGAAACUUUAACUAUCAACCCCGUGUUGUGCCUUUUUUGUGCUAUAAAGUGAAUAUACUCUCUACAAAAUCCCAUAUAUGUAUAUAACCUAAGUUUAUUGAGUGUAUCGUACCAAGAGAAAAUUUACUCUUUAAUCGUAAGAAAAAAUAAAUAAAGUCAAGUGUCAAGUGUGAGUGUGACAGUUUUCGAGAUUUUCUUACUGAAAAGAAUAAAAUUGAAAAGAAAGAAAGAAGAUUAUCAACAAGUGAAAAGUAAAGAGAGUUUGAAAAAGUGUUUGAAGAAAAGACCAAUUGGAUUAACGCAUCAGUUUUGUGGAUUAUCCAAGGAUUAUCCUCACAUUUGAUUCAUACGGAUUAAACGUCACAUUAUCCUGUCACCGGUAUUGCAUGAAUUUUUUUGGAAGGGAUUUUAUCGUGAUUUUCUAGUGAGAAUUAAGAAUUUCUUGGACAAACUUGGCUUUUCAGCGUAAGAGAGCUUUUGUGGGCAAUAAUGUGACCAUUUGCGAGGAGAGAAAAAUAAUCCAAAGCGACGCAAAUCACGUCAAAAAUUUUAAGUUAACCACCGAAUGAGAAAAAUUUUUCAACAAAAUGCCAAUAACUCAUCAGAAAAUCAUAAAGAAUUCAUCGAUACGUGAUAAAUUUUUGGAUAAAUUCCCCAAACACAGAAAAAUAAUACGAAAAAUGUGAAACAUUUGUGCCUUGGAAAGUCAAUAAUUUUUAUCAAAUGUAAAUUUUUAUGUGUGCAAAAACUGUGAUUAAUCAAAAAGAAGAGACAGAAUUUUUAUAAAGAAAAAAAAAACAUUUUCGGCCUGACAAUAAGAAAAAAAAAGUGCUAAGAAGCUUGUUAACAGUAGAGAGAAAAAACCAUUUAAAGUGAUUCCAAAGUGCUAUAAAAUUGUGUCUGAGGAAAACUACACUGCCUUUUUAUCCAAUGCAUCCACCUGGUAAAUAUCUUGAGGGGACACCGUUCAACAGUUAAGCUGCGGUGUUUGAAAAUAACGUUCAAAGACUGAUUUUGUGUGGAAGGACUUAAUUUUUUUGCCUGAUUGGAACAGAGAAAGAUUUUUGUUGGUUUUAUAGAAAUAGGAAAAGAAAAAUAAAAUAUAUAAAUCGUGGCGAGCGGUAGGUGUUUUUAGCUGUAGAGAUUAUGAUUAGAGUUAGCAUCCAUAUGAUAUGGAUGAGAUUGUGACUGAAGAAAUGUAUCGAAAUCACUUCACAGCUGUAUUGAGACGCUACAGGGAAGAGAGAGAGGGCAGUGCUGCAGUGGCAAUGCCAUUUAUCGAAGACGAGCUCCUCUGGUGUCCAGAUAACGAUGGGAGAAUGGUGGAUAUCUCAGCUUGUCUUCAGGACGCCGUAACGGCAAACACAACGACACAGAAUCAAGAAGCUGCAGGUGGUUCGUGUGAUUUGAGCUCCCUGGAUCCCCUGUGUAAUGAUUCAGAAGAGAUUCUACGGCAAUUGGCUGAGAAUCCCUUUGAACUUGACUCCUUCUUCUCAGACUUCUCCGGUGUGGAAGUUAAGCAAGAGGAGAAUAACAAUGACCUGCCCGUGGACCCAAAUGACAGUCCAACGUAUCUGACAAACUGCCAAAGCGCCUCGGCGCCCAAUUCACUGCCGCUACAGGCAGGAGGUACACAAAAUACCUCCAAUGGCGUCGUUUCACAAGCCGACACGACGCAAGGGCAUACUCAGCAACAUCAAUCGAUCCUAGCGCUCGCGUCUGCCAUUUCGGCGAGCUCUUUUGGGUCGCAUCAGCAACAAAAUGGACGCAAUGCAGCGCCCAUCAAUCGAUACUCCAUUGCGGCCAAUCCGCUACUAGCGGAAAAACUCAUGGCACCAAAUCUCAAUGACAUCGAUAGCAGCCUGGCCAUCGGGAAUCGUGCAGGCAGACCACCGGACGUUAAAGUGAACACAGAAAUUCCCAUCUUGCCACACUCACCGAGUCCGCCACCACAGCAGAGGAUCUCAUCAGCUUCGAUACCCGCGGCAAGUGCAACCAAUGGCCACCACCAGGGACCACCGCCACACCGGCAACUCCUCCAUGGGCUCUUGAGCGGAGCGCCGAUACAUUCAGCGCCAUACCAUAGGAAUUACAGCACGUCAAGCACAGGUACUUCUCCACAUUUCCAUAAAAAAGGUUCACUGCCACCGAGUCCGGCGGAUAGUGGAGUCUCAGACGUGGACUCAUCGAGCUCUGGAGGCCAGCCGGCGUGCAGUGAAGAGCUGAAAGCCCGCCUGGGGAUGCCCCCACACUGCCCGCCGCAGGGCCACAUGGCGCCCGGCACCUUCCUGCAUCCAAACUUCUACCACAACUCACCGCCACAAUUACGUAAUAUAUGGAAUAAUCGCAACGUAUCACUGCCAGACAGUUACUACCUGCAUUCGAUGAAUGGCAGCUAUCCGCCAUCGCACUUUCCCACACCCUCCCCAGCGCGGGUGGGUCCCCACCAGGCCCUCCAUCCGCAGAGUGUGAUCCAGGCGGCAACGUCGAGUGUGGGCGACGACAUAUCCUACAUGCUGGAGCUGGGCUUCCAGCAGCGUAAGCUGAAGAAGCCGAAGAAGCCCCGCAUUGAGAUGGGUGUGAAGAGGAAGAGUCGCGAGGGGUCCACCACGUAUCUCUGGGAAUUCCUGCUGAAGCUCCUCCAGGAUCGUGAGUACUGCCCGCGGUAUAUAAAGUGGACGAAUCGCGAGAAGGGUGUGUUCAAGCUGGUUGACUCGAAGGCUGUGUCGCGACUGUGGGGCCUCCACAAGAAUAAACCCGACAUGAACUACGAGACCAUGGGUAGGGCUCUGCGCUACUACUACCAGCGUGGCAUUCUGGCCAAGGUGGAUGGUCAGAGGCUCGUCUACCAGUUUGUUGAUGUGCCGAAGGAUAUCGUUGAGAUUGACUGCACGGGUGCGUAAGCCACACGCGCCCCCUUCCGCCAACACCUCCGGAUUCCCCAUGUAUCCGGACAAGUUAUCUCUCUUUUGCCCCCCAAAUCUCUUUGUGAACAAACUCAAACAAAAAAAAAACAAAACCUUUAUUUAUUUUCUCAUAGCCACUCAAUGCGAUAUUCCUUCGCCACCAUCUCACCUGUAAAAGGGAAUUCUCUGUAUUGAACCCACAUUGAAUCUUCUCAUGAGGGAGGUUCGCAAAAAUCACCUUUAAGUGUAUAAAGAUUAUAAAUUAAUUUCUUUUUAAUGAAAAAAACAACAACAAAGUGAAGAAACCCUAUUUUUAAAGAAAUAAGAAAAAAAUUGAGAUACAAAAUAAUUGAUAUAAAAAUGAAAUCAUCUGUGCAAUGAACCAAAAUAGAUGUAAAAAAAUUAAAGUAAAUUUAUAUUAUUAAUUAAAAAAAAAAUUAGUCGUAAAUGAUCGUUAAUUGUAUAGAUUUUAGAUGAAUGAAAGAACAAAAUAGAUAAGUAAGUUUUUUCACACACACACAAUUCAAAAUGAAUGAAUGAUUAAAAAAAAUGGCUAAUAUUUUAAUGGCGGUUGAAAAAAAAACGAUUUGACGAAAGUUUAUGCUGAUUUUGAAGAGAAAUUUGACAAGUAGCGAAAGUAAAUGUCAUUCUCCGACAUCUGUCAAAAAGUUAAUGUCAAAUUGUGACGUUUUAUCUUCAAUUGUCACUCUACUUCUGUCAAAUUGACUAAAUUCUCUUCAUCGUCAUCUAAUUUUCGUUAAAAAAAAAUUCUAGAAAAAAAGCGUGAAAUGGAAAAAACGUUAUGAAAGAUUUGAAAAAUCACUGUACAAAAAAAACAAAUCACAUUUAUCCCACAUUUUAAUGCUAAUGAAUGACAAAAAGACAUGGAAAAGGUAAAGAGAAAAAUGGCGGAAAAAAAAUCUUCUAAAAACGAAGGAAAAUGUUAAGAAAAUAUUGAAUUUUUCAUUAAAACAAAAACAACCCCCGGCAUCUCAACGAAAAUUGAAUAAAAAAAUAUAGCAAAAGGAAUGUAGAAAAAAUGUGUCAAUGGUUUAAAAAAAAAUGUCUCUUAGAAAUAAAACUUAAAACAAAAAAGAAAUCAAAGAAAAUAUCGAAAAAAUUCACUUGUUGUGUAAUUUUUGAAUGUUGAGAGGAAAGUCUUUCCCUAAUUUUAGGAGAAAAAAACGUAAGUAAAGGAAAUAGAUAAAUGUUUCACCCUAUGUUGAUGUUGCCACUUUUACAUAAAAUAAAAGAGAAAAAAUAGUGAAAUAAUUAAUUUUUUUCCAGUGAAUAUAGCAAAUAAAAAAUCGUUUUGAUAAAAGCCGUUUUUUGUAAAAGCAAAACAUAUUUAUAUUUGUUACAUAUUUUUCAAAGAAGAAAAAGUAAGCAAAAGUUGGAAAGAGAUCGUUCUUAAGAGAUACAAAAAGAAAAUAUUAAAAAAAAAAAGAAUUGUGAUUGAUAUAGAGUGUAAGAAUUAAAUAACAAAAAAAAUAAUGUGAGGAAUUCUAACUGACUUUGGUACAAGGAGCAAUAAUUUAGAAUUUUUAUCGAAUAUUUUUUUUCUUCUUCAUCGAGAAAACUUUUUUUUUCGGAAUUUUCUGUUUGGAAAUGCUGAUGAAACGCCUUGAAUUUGUGAUGCGGGAUUUUGAUUGGGAAACUUUUAAAAAUCGUGGAUUUAUUCUUCGAUUUUCUGAGCAAUGCUAAAUAGAACAGAAUCGUAUGACUUUGGGGGGAUAUUUUCUGAUUUAUAUAUUUUUUAAUUCAUUUUGUCUUGGGGGAGAUUAUAUGCGAUCAAAAUUGAAAAUUUGAAUUGAUUUUUUAUUGAUUUUUUUUGGUUGAUUUCUGGAAUGUGUUUGUAAAAAGGGGAAAAAACUUUUAUUUUCGAAAUCUUGUAAAAAUCUUGAGAUUGCGAUCUUUUGUCUAAUAUUUCUAGCAAUUUUUUUAAAUCAAAUUAGACUAACUAAAUUAAAUAUUUAAAGGUAAAAAUCAUUUAAAAAUUUCUUUUACAUUCAAAUUUUUGAAAUGCUAUCUUUGUAUAGAAUAUAAGAUUGCAAGUUCUACAAUAGAGAUCGCGAGAUCGCAAAAUUUCAAACAUUCAAACACAAAGAUUGGCACCUCUAUUCAACUCUUUAUUAAAAAAAAAUAUACCUAACUAUUUUUUAUUUAUUUUAUUUCAUUUUCUUUUGAUAAACUAUUGCUUUGUUCUUGAUUUUCUUUCAUAAUUUUAUUUAAAAAUUUUUCAUUAAUUCUUUAAUUAAUAUUCUUUGACUAUUAUGUAUUAGAUCUAUUUUCUAUACAAAUGUUUCAUUUUUCUUUUAAAUAUCUUUUACUAAAAUUAAUUUUCUUAAAUCUAUCAAAGAAAUUUUAACGUUAAGAUUUUUUAAAAAUCUUUGAAAUUGCGAUCGCAUAUUUUUUACCCCAAAAACUUAUUCAAUAAACUUAAAAAAAUAUUUUUUUUUCUUUUAAAUGUUUGUUUAACUGGACGGUGCUUUAAGUGAAUUUUCUCGUGGGCCUCUGACUUGUGAAUCAAGAAACGAAAACGGGACGAAAAUUGAGUGAAAAUAAGGGAAAAUUAACUACGAAAUGGAAAUUUAAAAACAAAUAAAGAUCUUUUAGUGUCUAUCUCUAACGGAAAAUUGUAUAGUUAUUAAACAUUUUGGCACUCACUUUAAUUUUUCGGUCAAUUAUACUUUAACAAAAAAAAAUAAAAUAUUUAAGAUAUUAAAACAAUGAAAGCACAAUUAGGCAUGCAAAUUCGAAAAUAUUGAAUUCGAAAGUUUUUUUUUCAAGCAGUGUGUAAAGAAAUAUCGUAAAUUAAAAAUUUAAUCAUAAAAAAUAAUUAAAGAAAUUAAUCGUAAAUUGAGUGUAAUUGGAAUAAGAAUAAAAAAAAGAAAGAAGAAUUUUUGAAAAUGAUAAAUUUUUUACACAAUUUUUUAUGAAAAUAGAAAUUCAAAAUGUAUAGAAAAUUUAGACAAAAAAAGGAAAUCUUUCUGAGCAAGAUUGUAGUGAAAAAAAAAACAGAAGAUUAAGUAAAGUUGCUGUAAAAAUUUUUGUGCUUCUUGAGGGAUGAUCUCAGAUUUAUUUUCCGAUUUAAAAGGAUCAAAGGAAGGAUGUCUGUGUAAAAUUUAUUGCAUUUUAGCUUUGAGAUCCUCAAUAAGCUUAAGGCGUCUAAAUGAGAAUGAGAAAUUAAAAAAGAAAGAUAGAAAAAAAACAGAAUAUUUGAGUACCUCAUCGAGAACACUUGCUACAAAAUAAAACUCAACAAAAAAUAUAGAAAAUAGAAUUAUCUAAGAAUUAAAUCUGAUUUUUUUUUCAUUUGCAUUUUUUGUACAUUUUCUUGUGUUUUUUCCCCAUGCCCAUUGCUGUUUUAGAAAAGUAAUUUAAAUUUUAAAUGAAAAAAAAAAAAAGAAAUAUAAAACAUAAUCUUCGGUUUGCGUCCAACGAAUUUGUGAUAAAGAUUUAAAGAAGAAAAAACAAGCGAAAAAGUAAAGAUAGAAAAACACAAAACAUUUUUUUCAUCAAUUUUUUUUAUUUCAAUCUUUAAUAUAAAAAAUCAUAAAUUGUUCUUUUUCUCAAAUCUUUAUAGAGCAACUUUUUACAAAUUAAAAAAAUAAAAAUCAUCAUACACCGUUAAACUUCUUUUCUUUGGAAUGAAAGAUCAUUAAAAUAAUAAUAAAGAAAAAAACUUCUUUGGAAGUACAUUUUUUUAAAGUUUAUAAAAUAAAAAUUGAAAACUAGUGAAAUUUUUUGCACAUAUAGGCAAAUUUUUGGACAACUCGUGGACCUCAAAAUAUAUUCGUAAAGAAAAAAAUGUGAAAUGAAAAACAAGAAUUAUAAAAAUUACUUAAAAAAUAUUUCUAGACAACUAAAAAUCACGAAAAAAAAUCAUUAUUCAGUACUAUUGGAACAUAAAAAUAUACUCUUAAAAAUAUAAAAUAAAAAAAAAUAUGUACAACUUUUUAAAACUGCCGAACAAUUUAUACACACAAAAGAAUCUUUUUUACAAAAUAAAUAAACAAAAAAUAGGAAAUUUUUUGAUAAAGAAAUGCAUCUUCCUGGUUUUACAACAACAACAACAAAAACUCUUCAAUAAAAUACGAGAAAUAUGUUUUUUGAAUGAGACAAAAGAAAACAACAAAAAUAAAACUAUAAUACAAAUUGAAAAUAGCCUUUCGAUGUAUGAGAAAAAAAUAGAAAUAUUAAGAAUAAAAAAAUACAAUUAAAUCAAAUAUUUAAUGUACUGUCAUGCAAAAAAAUGAAACAUAUUAUUAAGAAAAAAAAACAAAACUUAUUGAAGAAUAGAAAUUUUAUUAAAUUUAGAUCAAUUUCACAAAACAAAAAAUAUUCAAAUUAAAGGAAAAAAAAACGAAUCGUAAAAAAUAUUUGCAUAUUGGAGGGUGAAAAUUUUUCUUAUAUAAAUGUAACAAAUAUUUGAAUAUUUAUACUUAAAAAAAAUCUUAAAGAUUGAAAGCAAAAAAAAUGUGAAAGCGAUAUGGAAAAGACUUUUUAAAAAUGAAAAUUUUUACCACAAGACUCUUGAGAUUGAAAAUUAAAAAGAAAAAAGCUAAAUUAUGGGCAGUUUUUGAAAAAAAAAAGAGAAAAAAUAAAUUUAAAGAAAUAGAAAAUUACAGAUUUUCUUUCAAAAUUUCAUCAAAAAAUUAAACAGAUUUCACAAGCAGCUACAAAAAGUUUUAAAAAGAAAAUAAAUAAUAAUUUUAUGUUUCAAGCACGGGGUGAUAUUUUCAACUUUUUAAUCAAAAAACCAUGUGAAAACUUAAAAAAAAAACUCACUAAACAUAAACGGAAAUGGUGAAAUGCGUUGAAGAAGAAGAAAAAAAUGGAUGAUAAAAUCAAUUAAAUUAUAGUAAUUAACAAUCUUAAGAAUUAGUGUUUGGAAUUAUUAUUAAGAGUUUAUAUAUAAUUUGUACAUAAAACAAGUGAGAGUAUAAAUGUAAUUAUUUUAUUUUGUAAUUUCCAAAAAAAAAAGCAAAGAAAAAUUAUCCUGAAAUUUUUCAGAGAGCAACUUCUUUUUAUGUUGUACAUUAUUCUUUCUUUUAUAAAACCUUGUAAGGGACCCCCAUUUUAUGUUCAUUUUCUCUUUUGUCCCUUUGGGAUAGAAGAGAAAUUUGCUGUAGUAAGUUAUGUUUUAUUUGUAAAUUUUUGGUGAGAAUAAAAAUUGUACAUUUUUAAUUUCUAUUUACUCCAUUUUUUCUGUUAAAUUAUAAGAAUAAUGUAAUUUCUUCUCUUAUGUAAUAAUUAUCAAAAUAAUAUAGUUUUUAUUGAGAAAAAAAUCA